GAUACACUUCCCGUUCCAGUUAAGUUCACAAUCCAAGCACGCACACCAAAAGGUCUCAACUCCAUUGCCACACUGUCUGCCAUCUCCAUCUGUUUUCAUGUUUCAAUGCUUAUUGUAAACCUCAAGAAAGUUACAACAACAUUUGAUCUCAGACUUUCAUCUCCAACAACCUCUUCGCUUAAACUCCUUUAUUCUACACUAACCUUAAACCCUAACACCAUCCAGAAUCCUAAGACCCCACCAAUCCAAAACCCUACAAAACCCCUAACAACACCCCAGCUCAAAACCCUAGUCCUUUCCCAAUACUCCCAUGGAAAGUUCUCCAAUCUUAUCCAAAACGUCGUUGGUUUACCUUCAGUCCUCCUCACUGCCUCUCAGAACCUCAUUACCCACCACAGCAAUGAUGGGCUUAACUGCACUGAGUCGAACGAGUUGGCCGAGUCAACUCAGCCGAACCUCUCUCUUUACCACUCCGUUUCGAAGCGUUUCUCAAUUGAAGAAAUGGGUCGUGAGAUUUUUGAGAAUCGGUUUGAUAUUGAGGCUCAUUGUGUCAAAAUGAGUGAUGAAGGUGAGACCUUGGUUCUGCCAAAUUUGAAACUUAAGGUUUUUAUUGAAGCUAUUAGGAUUGUUUUAGAAAUUGUUUAUGAUGAUCGUUUUGUCACGUUUUCUUAUGGUGGACGUGUUAAUAUGGGGCGGCAUACGGCUAUAAGGUACCUAAAGAAUUCAGUGAAUAAUCCAAGUUGGUGGUUUAGUGUUUGUUUUAAUGAUGUUAAGUUUGAUAAAAGAAAAGUAGAUAAGUUGUACUUGUUUAUAGAGGAGAAAAUUAAAGAUGGGAUUUUGAUUGAUGUGAUAAAGAGGUUGUUUGAUUGUGGUGUGUUGAAGAUUGAAUUAGGUAGGUGUUAUUUAGCGAAGGGGUUGCCUCAAGAAUGCGGGUUGUGUUCAAUAUUGAUUAAUGUUUAUUUCAAUGGAUUUGAUAGAGAAAUUCAAGAGAUGCGUUUAAGAAUGAGUAAAGAGAAUCCUAAACUCGAUCAGAAUGAGAUCGGUGAAGGGUCUAGUUCUUCAUAUAAGCCGCUGAAGAUGUAUGCUGUUAGGUACUUGGAUGAGAUAUUAGUGAUUACGUCAGGUUCGAAGAUGUUGACGAUGAAUCUGAAGAAAUGGGUUUUGAAAUUUCUGGAAGGCGAAUUGGAGUUGAAUGUGGAUAGAGUAAAGACAGCUAUUCAUAGUGCGGUUUCUGAGAAAAUUGAUUUCCUAGGGAUGGAAUUGCAGGCUGUCCCACCAUCAGUCUUGCAUCCACCAAUGUCGGAGAAAGCCAUUAGAGCAAGAAAAAAAUAUCUUAGACAGAAGGAAGUUAAGGCUUUGGAAUUGAAAAAUGCUCGGGAGAGGAAUAGGAAGAAAUUGGGUUUGAAAUUAUUGAGUCAUGUUUUUAAAAAGUCGAAGCAGAGUGAUGGGUUCAAAUUUGAUUUUCAAAUUGAGAAUGAAGUUCGAGAAAUCUUUCAAACUUGGGCAGAUGAAGUGGUUCAAGAAUUUUUAGGCUCCCUUGAAGAGCGUUGGACAUGGCAUCGAAUGCUCAGUGCUGGUGAUUUCCUCUCCCUGAGGCACAUCAGAGACCAAUUGCCACAAGAGCUGGUCGAUUCUUAUGACAAGUUCCAAGAGCAGGUACACAAGCAUCUGUCACCAGUCAAGGCUAGAAAGGCAUUGGAGGAAGAAGGAAGGAGAAUCAAGGAAGAGGAGGAAAUGAAGUAUGCUGAGAGAACCGUGGAUGAUCUGACAAAACUGUGCAUGAAAGUCUCUGCACCUAUUGAACUUGUAAGGAAGGCUGUUAAGAUGGCUGGGUUUACGAAUAAAAUGGGCCGUCCCCGGCCUAUCAGCAUUCUCACUUCUCUGGAAGAUGCUGAUAUUAUCAAGUGGUAUGCAGGGGUAGGGAGAAGAUGGCUUGAUUUCUUUUGCUGCUGCCACAACUUGAAGAUGGUGAAAACUGUUGUAAGUUAUCAUCUGAGGUUCUCUUGUAUUUUGACGUUGGCAGAAAAGCAUGAAGCAACAAAAAUUGAAUGCAUUAGGCAUUACACUAAAGAUUUGAAAGUCCCAGAUAUGAAUGGAAGUGAAGAGGUUCACUUUCCCACAGAAAAGGAGGUAAAGAUGAUGGGGGAUAAAAAUCUUUCAGAUCCAACACCUGUAGAUGGGGCUUUAUCUUUGCUACUGAUCAGACUGGCUUCUGAUGAGCCAUCACAUUCCUGUGUCGGUCAUUUUUGUGACAAAACUGAUACUGUUAUGUAUCGAGUGCGGUUGCUGCAGAACAUUUUAAAUGUGAACCCAGCCGAUGAAGACAAGUGGGUUCCAAGGAUGAGUGCAAUUCAUGAAAGUCUGAAUCAGAUGUGUUUCCCUCUUUGUUCUGAUCACAAAAGUGACUUGUAUACUGGGAAAAUCACCCUGCAGGAUGUUGACUGCACUUCAUAUGUGAAUGUUGACUGAAUAUUGCGGUAGUAGCAUUGCGUUGGCGUUAGUUAUCAAGGCUACGUACUUUAGUAGCCUACAUCAAUCUGGUCCUUCUCUGUCUUCCAAACACAAGUGCAGCCAUGCAGUUGCUCUGCACAUUGUUUUCACCUAGGUUGAUUUAUACAAUGAAAACGAUGGUUCUCCUGA